AUGGUCGGAUUCAAGAACGUCGCGCUCUUCGCGGCGUCCAUCAUCCUCCCCGCAUCAACAUGGGCCGCUCCCAUCAUCCAAGUCGAGACGAAGCCGAUCCCCGGAAAGUACAUCGUGCUGCUCAAAGAACAUGCCGAUCUCGAAGGUCACCUCAGCUGGGCAAAGGAUGUGCACGCCAGGAGUCUGUCGCGCCGAGACACGGCCGGUGUGCACAAGGCGUGGAGUGUAGGAAGCAAGUUCAAGGCGUAUGCGGGCGAAUUCGAUGAGGAGACUUUGAGCAUCAUUCAGCGGGAUGAGAACGUCCAAACCAUCGAACUCGACAAAAGCUGGCGCCUCUACAAGGGCAACGACAACGUCAUCUCCAACUCCGCCGACGACACCUCCAUCAUCACCCAAAAGCAGGCGCCCUGGGGCCUGGGUUACCUCUCCCACAAAGGCGAGACCUCUUCCGAUUACGUCUACAACUCCACCGCCGGCGCCGGCACCUACGCUUACGUGGUCGACACCGGAUGCUGGAAAGACCACGUCGACUUCGAAGGCCGCGUGCAUCUCGGCUACAACGCCUAUCCCAACUCGCCCUUUAUCGACAUGGACGGCCACGGCACGCACGUUACGGGCACGAUUGCCGGCAGGAAGUACGGAGUGGCCAAGAAUGCGACGGUUAUUUGCGUCAAGGUGUUUCAUGGCGGCGGCUCCGCCAACACAAUAGUAAUGGACGGCUUCGAAUGGGCCGUCAAAGACAUCAUCGCCAAAAAUCGCACACGUACCUCGGUUAUCAACAUGUCCCUCGGCUGCGACCGCUCCGAAGCCUUCAACGCCAUCGUCGACGCCGCCUUCGACCAAGGGGUCCUAACCGUCGUGGCAGCCGGUAACGAGAACCAACCAGCCGCCAUGGUUUCGCCGGCCUCUUCCAAACGUGCUUUCAGCGUGGGAGCCAUCGACAACAAGAACACCCGGGCUUAUUUCUCCAACUUUGGCGCUAUCGUGGAUAUCUUCGCUCCGGGCGUGGAUAUUGUGUCGACUUAUAUUGGCAAAAAGGAGGGGGAUAAUAAUCGCACGAUGACGAUGAGCGGAACUAGUAUGGCUAGUCCCCAUGUCGCUGGGUUGGCGCUGUAUUUGAAGAGUUUGGAUCCGGAGGUGUUUGGGGAUAGUUUGGGGGCGCAUGAAGGGUUGAGGGCGUUGGGGGUUGCGGAUAAGGUGUGGGAUGCGGGCGAGAUGAGCCCGAAUUUGGUGGCUUAUAAUGGGAUUAAGGGGUGA